AUGCUUCCGCCAGCUUCGCAAGUGUGACUGACGAGAGCAAACCAAAGCUCUGCGAACCUGUAGGCGACAUCAGACUGAUGUGCGGCAGCGCUUGCAGCGGCCGAUCAAGUUGGACGACGGGUUGGAUGCCUCGCCGCUUCUUCUCCAUCCAAUGGCGCCAGAGCGCGAUGAAGAAAGGUUUGAUCUUUUCGAUGCUAAAGAGAAAGAGCAAAAUUUGUGGGAUGACGCCGUCGUGUAUUCACUGCACGCCAGCGCAGAAAACACAUAG